ACUGGUGGGAGAAGUGCUUAAUUUUCUGCUGAUAAGCAGCAUUUCAGGUGGACUCCUACUAAUUUUGUGCCAGCAGAUGCAAAAAAAUUAGUUUGUUGCUGUGUAAUACUAGUGAAUUUCAAGUUAGUUGGGGAUUUUCAAUAUUGUCUUGAUGUCAUACAGACAGGCAAGAAACCUCUGAAUUCCCUGAGGAGAGAGGGAAAACUGUAAUAUUUACUUUUAAGCAGAAACUUUUACAGAGAAGCAAUUCCAACCCUAACAUCUCUUCCCAGCUCUGUUGCAUAGCUAGGCACUUUCAAUUCCAAACCAUCUGUGUGGCUUUUGACAAAUAAUAGUCACAGGAGAGUUGUUAAGUUAAUAGUGUGUCCUUAUAUCCAUCUCUACCAGCUUCUUUCUGCUUAAAACAUCUGGGGGUGGAUUGUGAUAAUCUUUGAUUUCACUUCCUCACUGAAGUCCUUUGAGACUUACCCUUGAUUUGUAAGGGUACCGUUUGACAGCUGACUCUUAGUGGCAGUGCUUAAAUCAGGUGUGGUGUUUAAAAGCAGUUCCUAUCCCUUCAGUUAUACCAACAAGCUGAAAACAAAAUAGUCAAGGGUGUAAAAUCUGAUUUAGAUUACCAUGCAGCCUGACCGCUAGUUGUGCUGGCGUACCAUGGGAUAGGAUGGAAAGGCUGUACUGCUUAUUGUGGCAUUACAGCUAAGAAACUAUGCAAAGCUUUCCCAAAAGGUGCAGUCUUAGGAGCAUUUUGUUGGCAACUGUGUUUGCUUGAAUAGCCUUUCUUGCCCCUGAAGUGCUGAUAUGUUUGAUUAACAUAUGCAGUGAAGCAAGUAAAGGAACGGAUCCAAACCUAAGCUUGGACAAUAAUUAUUAAUGUGGAUCAGUUCCCAUGUUUGGACUGCUGCAAAUGCUUAUGGGUGUGGAGGGUGGGAAUGGAAGUAGACAGGAACUGAUUGAGCUAUACUGAAAGGGAAAGGUCGUGAAUGUUGAGGAAUACCAGUUUGUCCAGGAAGCGUAAGAGGAAGCAGUGAUCUUAAUGCUGAUGUUCUGAGCUUUUGAUGGGAAAGUAUUGCUGGAUUAUUUUAAGCAAGUGUGGAACAUAGUUUAUUCCACUCAUGUUAACCACUCCCCUUAAUGUUCCUACAUUAAAAAUGCAUCAGUCCAUACUUAUAAAUAUCACUUUAAAAUAGUUAUUUUUGUGGAUAAUUUAUGUAACUAUUCAGUUGCUCCAGUGGCAAAAAAUACAUCCUUUCCAGGAUGCUAGCUAAGUAGCUAAGAAAUGAUGCUGAAGCAGCAUGAGACUUUAUGCUACUGCUGCAGUUCCUGUCUUAAAAUGACAUUAGAAGAAUUGUUUUGAGCUGCUGCAUCUGCAGUGCAGCAAGUAAGGCUAGAGGUGAAAGGACAGAAUAUCUAUGAUAGAAAACAGUAUGAAAAAAAAAUGCAGAUAUAAAUGACCAAAGGUAUGUGAACUGAAACAUAAUCAAUAGAAAAUUGUUGAGCUGUGUAGGGAAUGGAUCCUAGAAGAUUUAUCAUGAGAGGCUAUGAUGUAUAUAGUACAUGGGAAAGUGUGUAGAGAUGUCUGUAUGCUUAAACAGAGGUAAGAAAAUGGUAUAUUCCUGUUCUGCCUUCUAAAACAGGACUGAAGAAUUCUAUCAGAAGGCUGAAGCCAGUGUUCACCUUGUUUAGGUUGCCUUGGUAUGAGUGAACUACCUCUUAUGAAAUAAAGAAAUGGAUGGGAUGGAUGAAACAUCUAAAAGAAUCCUAGAGCCAUACCAGUAUUUACUUCAACUACCAGGUAAGCAAGUGAGAACCAAACUGUCACAGGCCUUUAAUCACUGGCUGAAUGUUCCAGAAGAUAAAAUACAGGUUAUCAUUGAAGUGACAGAGAUGUUGCACAAUGCAAGCCUACUUGUGGAUGAUAUUGAAGAUAACUCAAAGCUACGACGGGGCUUUCCAGUGGCACACAGUAUCUAUGGAAUUCCAUCUGUAAUCAACUGUGCUAAUUAUGUGUAUUUCCUUGGCUUAGAGAAGGUUUUAACCCUUGAUCAUCCAGAUGCUGUUAAAGUUUUUACCCGUCAACUUCUGGAACUCCAUAAAGGUCAAGGCUUGGAUAUUUACUGGAGGGAUACUUACACCUGUCCUACAGAAGCUGAAUAUAAAGCUAUGGUACUGCAAAAGACAGGUGGUCUCUUUGGAUUAGCUGUAGGCCUCAUGCAGCUGUUCUCAAAUUAUAAAAAAGACUUAAAGCCACUUCUUAACACACUUGGCCUCUUCUUCCAAAUAAGAGAUGACUAUGCCAACUUGCACUCCAAAGAAUAUAGUGAAAACAAGAGUUUUUGUGAAGACUUAACUGAGGGCAAGUUCUCAUUCCCAACCAUUCACGCGAUUUGGUCGAGACCUGAAAGUACUCAGGUGCAAAACAUUUUACGUCAAAGGACAGAGAACAUAGAUAUAAAAAAAUACUGUGUACAUUACCUUGAAAAUGUGGGUUCCUUUGAGUACACUCGGAAUACAUUGAAAGAGCUUGAAUCUGAAGCCUAUAAACAAAUUGAAUCACUUGGGGGAAACCCUGAACUUGUAGCACUAGUUGAACAGCUGAGCAAAAUGUUCAAAGAACCUGAAAAUUAAAAAGUUAACUCCUGGGGGUGGAUUAAAACCCUUUUUAAGAUAGGAAAAUAACCAGACUGUGAGAGGUGUGAUAAUCAGUCUUGCUUAAAACUUUUUUUUUGUAGCCAUGUUACAGAAAUCACUGUUAAAAACAAUUUGUCACUGAGUAUUGAAAUAUAUGCACUAUUAUCUAUACAGUCUUAACUGUAACUGCUUACAGAUAGAUGUCUUUGUUGAAGCAGAUAUACCAGAACCGCAACAAGCAUUGAAUCUAAAUGUGAUCAUCUUUACAAAAUCAUCAGCAUUAUUUCAGGCCUAAAACUCUCAUAUCUUUAACCAGGCUACUCUAGGUUUCUGGCUGAAAUUCUGUGUUAAAUGAAAUCAGAUUGACCUGAGUGUAUUGUGCAUUUUCAGACAAUGCUCUAGUAAACCAAAAUGUACAAUGUUAAAUAACAAAAGAUGCUUGCACGUAAAACUGUUGUGUGAUAUUUCUAAGUUAGACUUGUGAAGAUCAGAUGGAUCAGCUUCCUAAGUUCUAAAGUGAAAAUCCUAUCCAGCUGCUGGGGAUAUUUUCAGGGGAAUGCAAAUCAUGAAAAAUAGUAUUUUAUAUGCAAAUAAGACUAAUGUUUAGUCUGAAUUGUAGCUUUAUAAAGAUUUCUGAGUACCUUGGAGAAAAGAUUCCAUGACAUCAGCAAAGCAUAAAUUUGCUGCUGAUUCCAGCUCUGCAGUGAAUAAUUUUGACUGCCUGGUUUUAGAUUUUUAAACUGUCGAAUAUUUUGUAGCCAGGGACCUAAAAUCUAUGCAUUAGAGCUCCUACAUGUGUCUGUAAAUAGCAACAUAGUAAGCUGCUACUAGAAAUGGAAUGGGAUCCACACCAGGUAACUUCAGGACACAAUAAUUGGUGCAGGUCUCUUUAAUCUCUGCUUAUAAUUGAGAGGGGCUUCUCCAGGAGUUGGUUCAUAAUUUGUUCUGCAUUCCUGUUCUGAAUUGCUGUCUGGAGGCAUGUUAUAGGUCUCUCCAAAGAGACAAGUUCUGUCAUUUUUUGCUAAAACAAAGUACAGCAUCUUGUUCUACAAGCUAUAAUACCACUUCAGUUUUGUUAAUUGCUUAAAGAGUGCUUUAAAAUUAUGUACACAGACAUACUGAAAUAGAACUGGAACUGAGAGUAAGAUUGAGGGAGGGCUGAUAAGUGACAAAACCCUCUGCUCAUCUAUGUAGAAAUAUGUAUAUAAAGGUGAACAAAACAUAAGCAGAGAUGUUUUUCUUCUUGGCUGGGAUGGCUUUAAUUAGGUUCAGUUCCCUUAGUCUUCAGAGCCACUUAAAGCUUUGCUUUAGUGUGGGGAGCUAGUGGUUUGAAUCAAAGGUAGGACUGGUGCUAUCAGCGGUGGUGUUAGCUCAAGCACAGUCUUAAAAGAAAUGGCCAGAGAUACUUGGCUUCUGACAGAUAAAGGAUAGUUUUAUGCAGGUGUUCAUUUACUGUACCUGGAAAGCAGGGAGAGUCAUGGUGUCAACCCACUGCAGACAAACACUAACUGAAGAAGGUUGCUCUAGUGUCUUCCCUGGGCAGUUAAGAUUCUUCUGAAAGUGAUCAAGCAUGAAAAAACUCAGGAUGACUGCUUUCAGUCAGAGACAUUAUGUAGUUAUAGAUGAUAGCCCAUCCCUUUUAUCUGCAUGCUGAGGAGGAAUCUUUGUCUGAUCUGUGAUUAGGCACAGAAUAACAGCUUUCUCACUGAAUGGACCUGGUUGCUGGGACUGAAUAGCUUAAAGUUGGUGAAAGGUGUCUUUAAUGUUAAUGACAGUGAGUUGUAAUUCCUUUUUCAUAACUUGUGGUGCUUAGUAGUAAGCCUGUAAAUCUGUAAUGGUUUAUGAGAAAAUACUAUCAGCAGCAAAGUACAACAUUUAUUUUGUGCUGUGUCUUGGGAGUUUCAAAGCACUGUUGCAGCUGAUGUUGAAUGGGGGAGAGCACUGGAAAAACUAUUGUCAGGAGAAUCUCCUAGUCUUACUGUAAAAGAUACCCUUGUGCCUAUUAGGAUAUAGUAACUGACAUAUACAAUGCAAAGUGUACUUAGUGCCAUUUCUUGUCUGCUCAGUUGCUGGAUGUAAACAGUGUUGUGUAAUCAAACUUUCCCUAAUGAGGUAGCUUUUCUUAUUUUUGCGUAAAACUUUUCUACCAUCGGAGUCUUCUGCUAUGUCAUCACUUCUUUGGUUCAUUCUGGCAACUCACCCCAGUACUUUUUCUAAUACCAUAUUUUGUAGAAUGUGCCUGCAUUAACUUAGGAGUAAGUACCUUGGAAGUUUUCCAGCUGCAGGCCUUUUAAACCACAAAUGGGUAAGAAGGGAAAAAAGCUGGACCAGCAAGAAACCAUACAGCUCUUACUCUUCUGCCUUCAAGGCUUUUGAUACCAAUAUUCAAAGCAUAACCUGAAGGUAUAUCUUAAAAGGCCCAGAAGCAGGGUAUCAUUGCUCUUCACUUUGGUUAGGAUGAACUGAGGCCUCUGAGGGUUUUUCUUGAUGUAUUCAGGAACUGGAAGAGGCUGGGAUCUUUCCCCUUCAUCUGUUAAGCAGGUAGAACAUCUUUAAGUAUUAAGCAUCAGCAGUGAUGAUGCUCCGUAGUCAAGGUAGACUUUAUAUGUGGUGCCAUAAGAUGAGACUGUGCAUCCUCAUCAAUAUUCUCCAAUAUUCACUCUGGUACAAGCUCCUGGUGUUAAGACAUGUUAGGAAAAUAACUUCCUUAAAGCAGCAUGAGAGUUCUUGUGGCUGCAGAAUUAGUUUAGUUGUGUAAGUGCUGCUCUCUCUUGCUAUGGCUCCCACAACACAGGGAGUAGGGUUUUUUCCUGAUCUUCACAAGAGAUGCAUUGCUGUGGAAUGCAAAUCUGAGUUGCAAGUGGAAAUGCCCGUGGGGAAACAAAGGGUAUGCUGGUUUCAAUGUCAGUCCCUUUGAGCCAGAACUGUUCCCUUUAUUAUCUUCCUACAGUUGCCAACAAGUUCUACUUUGAUCAGGUUACCAGUGCAUAUAAAGAGAAAUGCAAAUA